GGUUUUCCAUGCCAUGAAUCUCCAGGUUUUUUAAUAUGACACAUUCAGGAGACAUGCAAGGAAUUUGUUGGAACCGGCUAUUGUCCACAAGUGGAAAACAGACCAAGCGAAUAUGCUUUUGGAGUUGCAGAAGAAUAAUAAAAUUGCAAUUGCUGGAGAUAUGAGAGCAGACUCACCAGGACACUCAGCAAAGUAUGGUAGCUACACUCUACUCGACUUGAACACCAACACCAUAAUCGACCUUCAGCUUGUUCAGAGCAAUGAAGUUGGAGGAAGCUAUCACAUGGAGAAGGAGGGCCUGAAGCGUUCCCUAGAUCUUCUGGAUUCAAAUGGUCUGAUGGUGGACUACAUUGUGACUGACCGACAUCCACAAAUCCAAAAGUUUUUGAGAGAACGCAGCAUUACACAAUACUAUGAUGUGUGGCAUUUUGAAAAAGGUUUGUCAAAAAGACUAGCCCUUCUGGCAGAACAAAAGGGCUGUGAGGUUUUAAAGAAAUGGUUGCGCAGUAUUAGAAAUCAUGUUUAUUGGUGCGCAACAUCUUCAACUUCUGGACCUGAGAAGGUGGCCAAGUGGAACUCCUUGAUAAACCAUCUUCAAAAUGUGCAUGUCCAUGACGACCCUACAUUUUCCAAAUGUGAACAUCCGGACCAAGAGUCUAGAAAUUCAACGAAAUGGUUAACACCUGAGGGCUAUUUCAUAAAACUCGCUUGGAAAAGCGAGGAUUAAAGUUACAAACUCGACUUGAAUUAACCUAACAAAUGAGGCGAGGCUAAAGCGGUUUCAAAAAAGGCAAAUGAAGCUUACGCAAUCCAACUUAUGUGAUCCAGAUUUCCCUAGUCAAGAUAAUUGCGCGUGCACGCUAUUCUUGAGCAGCCCUAGAGGUCGAGCGUGGAUCAAAUCGAUCAAAGUUAAAGAGAAAGCGGUAAUUUUUGAUAAAAAUGUAUGAAAAUGUACUACUGACUGAAAAUUAUAAUACUGCUGCAAUAAACAAACCCA